GGUACUCGUCUCAAUUGCGUUUAGACACUCGUGCGGUUCGGUUGCAUUUUCGCGUUCCAUCUCAUCCAUACCCGGAGGUUUUCCUUUAACAAAGUCAGUUGCAUCUUCAAUACGACAAAGACACAGGUCGGACAAAGUGAAUCAGUAUCAUCUAAGUUUUUAAGUUUAUUGGCGUGGCGCGCACCGUUUAGUAUUUGAUUUUUUUUUUCAUUGGUGGUUUUUAAUUAUCGGCUGUUGGCUUUUGAGUUUAGCCUUCUUCUUCAGUUUUUUUUUUUGGAAAGGAGAGCCAUUGCUGGGUGACAAUCCGAUCGAGUUUUUUGGGGCUGAAAAGAAAAGUGAUUUAAUUUACGCAAUCAGGUCCCCCACCUUCGAGUUUUUUUUUUUUUCGCUUUACUCUUUCUCGUGUGUGAUAGUUGGCUGACUAUUGUUUUCGGGGCCAAAUCUGGAUCGUUUUUGCCGGUGAAGAUGAUUGCAGUGCCUGUUGGUGAAUGGUUUUUAUCACUGGAAGGUCGUCUUCUAACCGUUGCAGCUGAUUCUCAGGCUAAGAAAAACGCCAAAUUCAAUUAAGGGCGUACGGUAACGUCAAGUGUUCGCAACCAUCCUAAGUGCAAUUCCUUGUUCCCGAAAAUUUCAAUCGUCCAAUAUACUAGUUCAAGGUUAUACCUAGGUGUUCAACUGAGAAAAAAAAUCACACGAAAAGAGAACAAAUCAAAUUAAAAAGGUACGCGCAAUCGGUGAGUUCGAUUGAUUGAACCAUCCUCACGUACGUCUAAGGAAAAAAAUUAGUGAUAACAAAUUGCUGCGACGACGUCAUUUAGCUUGUUCGUGAAGAAGCAAACUCUACACCUUGGAAGACCUGUAACUUGUAGCUGCACAGAAAAAAACCACAAAGCUCUUUGUAGUGUCAGAGAAAAAAGCCCGUCGAUUCCUGGACAAUCAUCAUCAACGAAGAACGAGGUGCAUGAUUAGUAAUCGUCUGGAAGUCACGUGCCGGGUAGAAAGUAGUACCGCAUCGCCGAGUAGAAAGUAGUAGCCUUUAACAACCUUUCAAUCGGUAACACCUGAUCCCGUGAGGCGGGAGGUGUGACUCCGUGAAAGUGUUCCGUCCAAGGUACCAUGUCAACGAGCUCCUGCUGGCACAUUCUGACCCGUAGAAAAGUGCUGAACCUCGAUCAGGAUGGAUCCGACUCAAGCAACAAACUCAACCGGAUACUGUCCACCUUCGAUCUGACGGCCCUCGGCGUGGGGGCAACACUCGGAGUCGGCGUCUACGUGCUGGCCGGUCAUGUCUCAAAGGAUCAGGCGGGACCCUCGGUGGUGCUGUCGUUCUUCAUUGCGGCCGCUGCCUCCUUUCUAGCUGGCCUCUGCUACGCAGAAUUCGGAGCGCGUGUUCCCAAAUCGGGCUCGGCCUACAUCUACAGCUAUGUGUGCAUCGGCGAGUUCAUGGCGUUCAUCAUCGGCUGGAACCUGAUGCUGGAGUACAUCAUCGGAUCGGCGAGCGUUUCGCGAGGGUUGAGUCUCUACAUUGACACUCUGGCGAACGAUACGAUGAAGAACCACUUCCGGGACAUCGCCCCGAUGGAGUGGGACUUCAUGUCCAGCUACUUCGAUUUCUUCGGUUUUGCCGUGGCUAUUUUGUUGGGAAUUGCCCUUGCCUUCGGCCUCAAGAAAUCGACGAUGGUGAACAACUUCUUUACGAUGCUCAAUAUAGCGAUAGUGCUGUUUGUGGUCAUUGCUGGAGCCAUUAAUGCGGAUGUUUCCAAUUGGAACGUGAAUCCGGCAAAUGUGUCAUCGAUCUACAACGUUGGAGCGGGAGGGUUUUUCCCAUUCGGCUUCGAGGGAACCCUGAGGGGUGCGGCAACGUGUUUCUUCGGAUUUGUAGGAUUCGACUGUAUUGCAACUACUGGCGAGGAAGUUCGGAAUCCACGGAAAGCAAUCCCACGAGCCAUCUUGUUCUCACUGUGUACCAUUUUCUUGGCGUACUUCGGAGUAUCAACGGUCUUAACCCUGAUGUGGCCCUACUACAAGCAGGAUGUGAAUGCACCGCUACCGUUUGUGUUCAACGAAAUAGGAUGGUCGUUCGCCAAGUGGACGGUGGCUAUCGGAGGUAUCAUCGGACUGGUGGCCAGCUUGUUUGGGGCCAUGUUUCCUCAGCCUCGGAUUAUCUAUGCCAUGGCUCAGGAUGGGUUGAUUUUUCGAGCACUCGGAGAAGUUAGCCCCCGAUUUAACACGCCGGUUUUCGGGACCCUAUGUGCGGCACUUCUCACAGGAACGAUGGCCGGGCUGUUUGACCUGAAGGCACUGGUGAACAUGCUGUCCAUUGGAACGCUGAUGGCCUACACGGUGGUGGCGAUUUCGAUCCUAAUUUUACGAUUUUCGGAAGAACCCAAGGCCAGCACCAUUCCGUCGACCAGCAAGCAGAUGUACGAGUCCUCCAAUCUGCUCAAGUCGGGCAACCGCGUUACUGGCUCGGCCUUCAUCAAACAACUGUUCAACUCGGGCUGCAUAAAGGUCCCAUCGCAAGUAUCCACCAGCGUCAUCGGGGUGCUCGUUACGCUUUACUGUUUACUAGCGUUGGCUCUUUCGCUGACAAUCUACUACGCCCGACAAGCGCUGUACGAGCUGGAACCAUGGGCCCUAGCCUUAGCUGGAGCCCUGCUAGGACUACUGUUAAUGGUUCUUCUGAUGAUGUCCAUUCAACCGCGGGAAACGACCGAAGCACCCUUUAAGGUUCCACUGGUUCCUCUCCUACCUGCCAUCAGUAUUUUCGUCAACAUCUACCUGAUGCUGAUGCUGGACGUCUACACCUGGAUACGGUUCGGUAUCUGGAUGGCAAUCGGUCUACCUAUUUAUUUUGCAUGUGUAUGUUUCGGUAGUAGAGAAAUUCGAAAAGAAUCGGUCACGGUGGUCAGUUCAAGGCCAAGCAAAAAUGGAUCGACCUUGUUUGCGGAGGGGGUCGAGAAUGGGGGAUUUGAGCAUGGGGAGGUGACCUCGGAUACAACGAAUGGAUAUUACUCCAAAAAUUUGACUAAUGCUGUUGGGGACGAGAAGCAGAUGAAGAUCAUGGGUUUUGGAGGGGAAGACAAAGAAGUGAUAAGAGAUGAGGAGUCAACACAGACUAGGGACGCCUCGAGGACGCCAUCUCCAAAAAAUAGCUUAGAUGAAAUAAUUGCCGUUUCUGAUUUGUCGGAUCUGAUAACGGAGAUGUUUGAACCGGGUGGAAAAUCCUAUUUUGUGCAGGAUUUAAAUGAGAAGGAAGCGGAUCGAUCAAGUGAAGAAACCAAUAAAGCAAUCGCUAUACUCGAUGAUAUUUUGGAAGACGAAGAAAAAACUAUGGACGAGGCAGCUUUGGACGACGACUCGCUCGCUAGUCCCGUUUUCAGAGAACGUUCUGUAGUGGCAGACAUCCAUCAGGAAGAUCAGAUAUCGGAGGUACCGAUGGACAGUCUCGAGGAUAACAUUGAUCAAGAGAUCCUUAAUAUUGAAGAACAAGAGGAGCUUCGAGAACCUAGUUCGAUUAGCUCACGAGCUGUGUUUGUCAUCGGGCAAGACGAUGUGGAACAUUUUGGAACAGAAGACGAUCUACACUACAACAGGUUAGACAGUGAUCAACAACAAGAGUUCAUGACCAGAUUGAGCACUCUACUAGUGAAUCCACAAAUGUUGCCGCCCAAAAGAAGAAGUAAGACUGCCACAGGACUGGACGAGAGCGAAGAUGAUGACUCAGACUUGCACAAGAGCAGUAGUGAACCAAAUUUCAUUCUCCUCCUCAACGGUUCCAACCAUUCAAACGAAAGCCAAACGGAUGAUCGAACUCCGCCCCCAGCACCAAAGUUCGAUGAAAACCUCUACAAAGCCAUAAAAGCCGAAAGCGAGCUUGAAAAGACUGAAUCAUCGAACGUUCCCCAAGCACCGAAGUUUGAUCCAAUCCUCUACAACACAAUCGCAGGAAAAGAUCGCGUCAAGCGACCGAGCGUUCUCGGUUCACCACUGGCUUCCAGCACCUCCGGCUACCACGACGUAACCCUCCGUAAGCUUAGCACCCAAACUCCUCCAGCAGCUGACAGCAAAACCCCCGAAUCUGAAGAAGACCCUUCAGCAAACCCCCGUGAAGUGUUCAAAUCAAAGCUAGAGCAAAUCCUUCAACGAGGUCCCACCCAAAAGGUUCGCCCAAGAUCCCUACAACCCCCUCAACUCCUAAACCGACAGGUUUCCCAUCCCAUUAUCAACACCAACUCGAUGCCACCUCCUCAGCAACCGUCAAAACUCUCCUCCCAAACCUCGCUUCAACAAGACAAAACAACGCUUUCCCAAAGCACCCCGAAGCUAACCCCCUCGGCCGUCAACUUCCGGGACUUCAGCAGACCCUUCGAUACGACCAAGCGGAAACAGAAGAUCCUCUUCGACGAUGUGCUCAAGGCUAUCAAUCCCGAUACUCGGCCGAGUACGAUCCGCAGUUCGCUCGAGCAUCGGAUGUCGUUUGCCGAGUUCAAGAACGGCCUGAAGAAGACGGUGCCUCCGAAACAGUAUCUGCCGAAUGCCUAGUCAAGUUCCAACCCCAUCGGCGACAGUUCAUCUUUCAUUAUUUUAGCAAGUAGUUGUUGUGUUCACUCAUACACGUACACACGUAGUGUUUGUGCAUAGGUCUCGCCUUGUACGUCUUCUACGGCUACCGAAACAGCUACAGGGAAGUAUGUGCCCAGCAAAUGGGCUGGACGAAGCUCAAAUAUGUCCACUAAAAUUAUCAGAGACAACUCAUCCGGAUUAUUCUGAGACAACCUACAUGGAGCUGGACACCUGGAAGAACACCUGAACAAAAGUGAUAUUUACUGCUGAAAUUAUUGCUUUAAAAACAUUUCUUCUAUGCCCUGUUUUUUUUUCUUUUUCUUUCCAUGUAGGAUUAAGCAUUGUACAUAUGUAGAAAUACAUGCACUCAAACUAAUAAUUGAAUAAACCUUUUUCAUCGUUGAGGAAGUUGAGGGCGCAAUUUUGUGCUGUUUUUUGCCUUGGCUGAUGAAACACCACUACUCAUGUAAUAGCUCUAGUUUUCCGCUUGAUGUAAUAAGAUGUAAGAUCAGCUACGUUUAUUGGCGAACAGGGAAUGUACCAAAAGAGGAGAUGAAAAAAACUUAUUUAUGUAUAGUAAAUUAGGAAAAUGAAAUUAAUCGAAGACGAACACAGAUUAAGAUCAACGGAUUUAAACUGCAAACUAGCUAUAACAACCAACAAACAUGCCAUAUAGAUAAAGAGGAAGAAGGGAGAAGAAAAAAAACCCAACUAGCUAAUGUGUUACGCAUCGGACGCGUUCGUAGCUUGUAAUUUGUUAAAUUAGAAAAAAACCAAAUGAAUAAGAGUUAGACGAAAAAAACAUGAGCAAAAGCUUUUGAACGGGUAGAGCAGAAAGUAAAAGUCAGCUGUGUGACAGCUGUUAAAUCUCCUAAUAGAUGUGUAAUAGCGAAGGAAAAAAACCCUGUAAACUUAAUCAAAGAAAGAGUGAGCGUUCGGUUAAAAAAACACCUCGAAGCCAGUAUAUUGACCAAAAGAUACCAUACAAAAAAACAUUACUGAAACCAAACGUAAGUAUGGUGGGCCAGGGCAGGCGUUUAUUUGUUUUAAUUUAUUUUAACGAAAACGAAAGUAAUAGAUGUGGUAGGUUGAAUAAAAAAAAAUUAGCGCUCCUGCCUGCCCACACGCACACGUGAUUUCAUUCAUAGCUACGAACGAACCCUCGAUUGAGACCCCCGCCCAUUAUGAUGUGUAUAAAGAUGCUCUGUAAGCUACCCUACUUAUGAAAUAAAUGUGUAACAGUAAAAGG